AUGAGCGAAGGAUUAAGUCAGGAUGAUUUCAGAAAACUGCUAGCGACUCCACGACGACCUGAUUACGAUGGCAACAACUCGAGUGCACAGUUUAAAGCACCUGCUCCUAAAAUACCAAGAGGCACAGGCGCAAUCUUUGCUCAGCCUCGUUCAAUGAGGAAGAAGCCUUUCAAAAAGAACGUUAGCAAAGACGACCAAGCGGAAAAGGACGCCAACGAACAGCAAGAAAAGACAGCAUAUCGCGAUAGAGCUGCUGAGAGACGCAAGCAAGACGAGUCUAAAACAACGUCAGAAGAUCAAUUGACAACUGAAGAGCUUUUGCAACGAACCCAAAGAGAGGCAGGCCAAGAGUUGGACGCAAGACAGCUGUACGAGCAGUCGAAAUUCCUAGGCGGCGAUGUGGAUCACACGCAUCUUGUCAAAGGCCUCGACUUUGCCUUGCUGAAAAAAGUGAGAACAGACCUUGGAAAGCAACCUGCCAGCAACAACCCGACGAAAGAAAAAGAAGAAGAGCAUGCUGAAGCCUCGCAAGCCAUGGAUGUGGAUAAUGACCUGGAUCAAGUGUUGGACAAGUUUGAACGCGGAGAAAAGAUUGCAGACGACGCUGACAGUGGCGAAACAGAGAUGGAGGAUGUAUCUAUGGAGAAGCACAACAAACCCAAGUUCCACACAUUGAUGGCCAAAAACAUCUUUGAACAUAUUCAGCAUCAAGUCCACCCUGAAGAUCAGUCUCGUGUUGAGUUGUUUGAGCCUGGAAGAAUGGCAUUUGUGUUUGAAUUGGCCGAUGAAGUGGGUCAUUACUCGGACGCUUUUGCUAUCCCCACUGCCAUGAUUCGAAGCAAAGCAGAUAUUGCUGCUAAACUAGCACGGAUGGGCUGGUCAGAGGAAUCACAGGCAGAGUCAAGCUUAGUGAUUGAAAAGAUCUCGCAAGUCAUGAAUCGCAUUCGAUACGGUGGUGGUGGUCCUACUGCUGGUCAUGCGGAAAGUGCCAAGAGACCUGUGAUAUCAGCAGCAACAGCAGCGAGGAUAACCAAGGAGCCAGUGGCUAUGGUGGAAGAUGGAUUUGUGGGCGACAUCUUUGCUGAUGUGGGCCGUGAUUAUGAAUUGGAUGAGAGCUCACAUACACAGACAAACGACGAAGCAAAGGGCGACUAUUUCAAAGGACUUGUCGCGGAUCAAGAUGAAGAAAAAGACCAAGAAAUGACAGAGGCUAGCAAUGAUGCUGUCAAUGCAUUGCUGUCACAGGCAACAGCAGGCAAACGUACACAAGAUAUGCCAGAAGAACAGCAGCCAAACGACGCUAAAAAAGAUACAGCUACCCAUAAGCGAAAAUACAAUCACAUUGAAAUGGAUGCGGAUGCAGCAGAUAUCGACAUGUUUGGCUUGAGUUCAUCUGCUUUACCCACCUCAUUCGAAGAGCACACAACCGCAUAUCAAUCGGAUGACGACGACAAGGAGGAUAUAGCCACACACAAAGAUAAAUCAUCGGCGGCGGCUGUGACGCAAAUGAUGGAUCAAGGCACAAAUAAAAACAAGAAGGCUCAAUUGACAAGAUGGGAUUUCGAUACAGAAGAUGAAUGGCAAAACUACAAAGACAAUAUCGAAAUUCAUCCUAAAAGUGCAUUUCAAUACGGCGUCAAAUUGGGUGACGGCAGAAAGCGAAAUAGGGAGAGAAAAGGAAUGAAUGAUAAGCAACGGCUGGAUCGAGAUUACCAACAAGUGAAAAAUAUCAUGUCAAAAAAAUACGGCAAAUCACUGGAUUCUUAA